CCGCCGGUGCCCGUGGCUGCCUGGCGCUGGCGGAGCGCUGCCGCCGCCCGGUCCCGCGCCCGCCGCCGCCGCCGGUUGCUCCCGGUGCGGCUGCGGGUCCCGCUGCGGCUGCGGCUGCCGGAGGUGACACCCCCCUCAUUUGCCACCGGUGACGUGCCGGGCGGCGGGGACAGCCGUGGAGCCGCCGAGGACGUAGGCUGAGCGGCGGGACACGAGGAGGAAGAGGAGGAGGGGGUGUCUUGGGGACGGCACCUUGGCUGUGUGUCCCCAGCAUCGUCUGCAGCCACCAGCCACCCUUGAGCCAACGCAGCCCGGGGGGGGGGUCCCGGUGGCUUUUUGGAGCCUGAGCCCUGCCAGCACCGCGGAGAGGAGGAAGGGCCGAGGAAGACGUGCCGGGUGAUGGACGGCCCCAGCCCGGCGCGGUGGCCCCAGGGGAGCGGGACCGGGCGGCUCGGGGACCUUGGGGACCUGGCUGGCAGCGCCCGCCUCUGCAGGGCCCCGCAGCGUUUGCUCUGCUGAGCUCCAGAGCCCGCAGCCGGUGGGAGCCGGGAGGAGGAUUCGGAAGGGCUCCGGGUGAGCCCCGCAUCCCCGUGCCGGGGCAUGGCACGGGGCUGAGCCGCCGUUCCCCCGGCAUGGCGCGACAAGGCUCGGGGGCCAUGCUGGCCUCCGGUGGCCUGGGCUUCCCCCCCCAAAACCUGGCCCGUGUCGUGGUGUGGGAGUGGCUGAACGAGCACGGGCGCUGGCGGCCCUACUCGGCUGCCGUCUGCCACCACAUCGAGAACGUGCUGAAGGAGGACGCCCGUGGCAGCGUAGUGCUGGGCCAGGUCGACGUCCAGCUGGCGCCCUACGUCAUCGACCUCCAGUCCAUGCACCAGUUCCGGCAGGACACGGGGACCAUGCGCCCCGUACGGAGGAACUUCUACGACCCGUCCUCGGCCCCGGGGAAGGGCAUCGUGUGGGAGUGGGAGAACGACAACAGCUCCUGGACGCCCUACGACAUGGACAUCUGCAUCACCAUCCAGAACGCCUACGAGAAGCAGCACCCCUGGCUGGACCUCUCCUCCCUGGGCUUCUGCUACCUCAUCUACUUCAGCAGCAUGUCCCAAAUGAACCGGCAAACCCAACGCAAGCGCCGGCUCCGGCGUCGCAUGGACCUGGCGUAUCCCCUCACCAUGGGCUCUAUCCCCAAGUCGCAGUCGUGGCCGGUGGGCGCCAGCACGGGGACACCCUGCUCCUGCCCGCAGUGCCUGCUGGUCAACAGCACCCGCGCCGCCUCCAACGCCAUCCUGGCUUCCCAACGCCGCAAGCUCUACCCGGGUGCCGUCCGCCAGAGCAGCACCUUUGCCGGGGCGGCUCUAUGGCCGGCGGGGACGGGGACGGCGGCGGUAGCGGGUGGCACGGCCAAGGGCGAGGGGUUGCGGGUGCCCGGCGGGGCGUUUGCCCCCAACCAGAACGUGCCCGGCGGGGUGCCGCUGCCCGGGCUCAACAACCUCAACCAGCCCGGCACGCAGCGGGGGGCCGGACUCGGUGCCCGUGCCACCGUCCCCCCGGGGGUGCCAGCCCUCCCAGUCAAGAACCUGAACGGCACCGGCCCCGUCCAUCCUGCCCUCGCAGGGAUGACGGGCAUCCUCAUGUGUGCCGCCGGGCUGCCCGUCUGCCUGACCCGUGCCCCCAAACCCAUCCUGCACCCGCCGCCCGUCAGCAAGAGUGACAUCAAACCCGUGCCCGGCGUCAACGGCAUCUGCAGGAAAACCAAAAAGAAGCAUCUCAAAAAGAGCAAGACCCCCGAGGACGUGGUGCGCCGCUACAUCCAGAAGGUGAAGAACCCCCCGGACGAGGAUUGCACCAUCUGCAUGGAGCGGCUGGUCACCUCCUCCGGCUAUGAAGGUGUCCUCAGCCACAGGGGCAUCAAGCCGGAGCUGGUGGGCAAGCUGGGCAAGUGCGGGCACAUGUACCACCUCCUCUGUCUCCUGGCCAUGUACAACAACGGCAACAAGGACGGCAGCCUGCAGUGCCCCACCUGUAAGGCCAUUUACGGGGAGAAAACGGGCACGCAGCCCCCCGGGAAGAUGGAGUUCCACCUCAUCCCCCACUCCCUCCCGGGUUACACCGACUCCAAAACCAUCCGGAUCGUCUACGACAUCCCCACCGGCAUCCAGGGCCCAGAGCACCCCAAUCCCGGCAAGAAGUUCACGGCACGCGGCUUCCCACGGCACUGCUACCUGCCCGACAACGAGAAGGGCAGGAAGGUGCUUAAGCUGUUGAUCGUGGCCUGGGACCGGCGGCUCAUCUUCACCAUCGGCACCUCCAACACCACGGGGGAGUCGGACACGGUGGUGUGGAACGAGAUCCACCACAAGACCGAGUUCGGCUCCAACCUGACGGGCCACGGCUACCCCGACCCCAACUACCUGGACAACGUCCUGGCCGAGCUGCUGGCCCAGGGCGUCUCUGAGGCCACCCUGAAGGACUGAGGCAAGGGUGAGGGGCUUCCCACCGCCCCCUCGCCCCCGCGUCCCUGCCCGUGCCGCCGCCGCCGCCCGCGCCGCUUCGCUGCCGCCGCCGCCGCAGCCCUGCCGGGUGGGCUCGUCCCCCAUCCUGGGCCAGCCGGUGCCACCCGCCACGCAUCCCAGUGUCGUUCCCCCCGGUGUCCCCAUCCCGGUUUGCCCCGCUCCCGUGGCGAUAGCAUCGUGGGCUGGUGCUUUUCUUUUUCUAACCGUGGCCUCUUCGCGCGUCAGCCGCCGCGUGCCACCCGCGCCACCCGUGCCACCCGCCGCCACCCCACGGAGCCGCGUACAGCCGGUGCCAUGUGUACAUCUCCGUGUUACAGAAUACACCCCGUGCCGGGACACCG